GGUCCAAGAUUCCAGGCUCUUCUCCACAUCGAGAUCCCAAGCCCUAACCCCAAAUCUUGCAAUCCCCCCUCCACCUCAAGCCCCCCCUCACCCCCAAACUCGCAGAUGGCGCCGGGGGUGCCGAAGCAGCUCGGGGUGCGCCUCCCCGAGAACGAGGAGGUUGCGCGUCUCCUCCUGGAGAAGCACCGCUCGAUGCUGGAAAAGGGCCUCACGGACAACCUGAGCCUCACGCUCUCCACCGCCUACCGCAACGUCUGCGGCGCCAAGGAGCACAUCCGGACCCUCAAGGAUCUGUUAAAGAUCAAGGGUGUUGGGCGUUGGGUCAUCCGUCUCGUCAAAGAGUCCUUUCCAGAGUCCACUCCAGAUUUAUCCCCUCCAAAAAUUAAAGCGAAGAGUAAAAAGGGGAAGAAAACAAAAAGAUCAGAGCAUAGUCCUGAUUUUGUUUGCAGCAGUUCUGCUAAUAUGGCAUCCCAAGAACUGAUACAGUUGACGAGUCAAGAGCAGAUCAGUUGCAGUUCUGAAGUUCAAAACACCAGUAACUCCUCUGGAAAUAUCAUUCUUAGCGAUUCAGAUUCUGAUGAACCAUAUAAAGGGAACAAUCCUGUGAUAGGCAAUGGACUGACUUCUAAUUUCGGAGCGUCAGAUUGUUCAGUUUCUAUUCCACCUCUUUCAUCUCAAGGAACAUCUGAGCUGCAACCUUCUAGCACACCUUACCAGGGUUCUGCUGAAUUCAGUAGUCUAGACAAGGAUACGGAUGGUCUGAGCAAUUCUAUACUAGCUAUGCCUCCUCGUCUAUGCAACGAAAAAUUUCUCGAAGCUUAUGAAGUGGUGUUGGUAUUGGAUGACCGUGAAACUUUCGGGUACCAUGGCAUGAGAGUUGUUAGUAACAUCCAUUCAAAGUUUCGUGUACCUGUUGAGAUAAAACGCUUGCCUGUUGGAGAUGGUAUUUGGAUUGCUCGUCAUAGAAGAUCUCGCACAGAGUAUGUUCUUGAUUUUAUUGUUGAAAGGAAAGGUGUCACAGACUUAGUUAGCUCAAUUAGAGACAGCAGGUACAAAGAUCAGAAAUUAAGGCUAAAGAAAUGUGGGCUAAGGAAGCUGAUAUAUCUGGUUGAAGGUGAUCCAAACGCUUCACAUGCAUCAGAGAGCGUCAAAACAGCGUGCUUGACCACUGAGAUUCUUGAAGGAUUUGAUGUUCAGAGAACCACUGGGUAUCCUGAUACUGAGAAGACAUACGGCCACCUCACACUUUCGAUCAUUGAUUACUAUAGCACGCAUUUCUCAAGCAGAGCAAACACUUCUCGAGUUUGCUUAACCUAUGACGAGUUUGUCAAGAAGUGCUCUGACCCCAAGAAGCUAACUGUGAGCGACAUAUUCGCCCUUCAACUCAUGCAGGUACCACAGGUGACGGAAGAAACUGCGCUCGCUGUAACAGAGCUCUACCCAACUCUUUUAUCGCUUGCUCGGGCAUACUCCAUGCUUGAUGGCAAUACCCGUGAACAAGAGCAGAUGUUGAACAAGAAGAGCAAGAUGGUAAACACAGGGGCCAGCAGAAAUAUCUUCAAGCUUGUCUGGAGUGAAGGGUGAAAUCUUCCUAACUGCCUGGUUCCUGGCUUAACAUGUUCCUUCAACCGGCCUUCUGUCACCAUCUCGAUGAUUUUGGCGCCACCUCUUGUGAUGAAGCUCCAUCGGUUCUUGGAGACAACGUCGCAGAACCUUCCUGUUCUGAAGGCAGAAAAGCAGGGUCCCUUUUAUUGCGCCAAGGGCCAAGUGCCCUAGUGCCAUGCACCAGGGUGUGUAAUCACCUGAAAACCUCCCAAGCAGGUGGUUGCUUUGCUCUGUUGUAUUGUAUAGUCUUGUAGAAUUGCAGGCCGUGCUGUGAGGUGGCUCUGUGUUUCAUAUGAAGUUAUCAUGUAGUACUUAGCUGCUUGGACUACGCCUUCUCUCAUGUUAUUUCGAACCUGUUUGUACUUUUCGACUGAAUGACAAGUUAAUUUGAAAAGCUGGGGUAAUC